UAAAUCGAACGUUCCCUUAUCAAACUAUCUAGGGUUUUGGUAUAUAAAAGCGCCGACAACGUCCUGUACUAGAUCAGACCGCAUAUUUUCACGGUGAACCUCAGAGUUCCAGUUCCGAUUCGUUGAAAACUUUCUUGAAAAGCACCGACAAACGUCUUCUUGUCAAUGGAGGAACAAAAUGGGACUGCAAAUGGUGUUAAAAUCAAGCUGGAGGAAGAAGAAACUAAUGAUGACCUAAGAACUACUCCCGACCAUCAAAACGACACCGGCGCUUCUCAACCUCUUACCGGAGAUGGUGCUAGUCCUGGAAAGAUUUUUAUUGGGGGCUUGGCUAGAGAGACAACUUCAGGUUUGUCUAAUAUCAUCCUCUGCUUUGAUCUUCUGCCAAAUUGUUCUUUCCUGCCCCUAAUGUUGCAUUGUAUAUCUGCAGCUCAAUUUGUCAAGCACUUUGGUAAAUAUGGUGAAAUUAUUGAUUCCGUGAUUAUGAAGGAAAGGCGGACAGGACAGCCACGUGGGUUUGGUUUUGUGACUUAUGCUGACCCCUCCGUGGUAGAUAAAGUCAUUGAGGACGACCAUGUUAUAAAUGGAAAGCAAGUGGAAAUCAAGCGAACUAUACCUAGAGGAGGAGGUUCCAGCUCAAAAGAUUUCAAGACGAAGAAGAUUUUUGUGGGCGGCAUCCCAACAACAAUUAGUGAAGAUGAGUUCAGAGACUUCUUUUUAAAGUUUGGAGAGGUGAAGGAGCACCAGAUCAUGCGUGACCAUUCUACUAGUCGUUCUCGUGGCUUUGGAUUCAUCACUUUUGACACAGAAAAAUCUGUUGAGGAUAUCUUGGCUAAUGGAAACAAGCUUGAUUUUUCUGGAACCCAGGUGGAAAUCAAGAAGGCUGAGCCCAAGAGACCUAAUGCGCCACAACCAGCCCCAUUCAGGCGUCAAGGGAAUCCAAGAGCUGCAUUUGGUGGUGGAUUAUCAGAUGCUUAUGGUGGAUAUGGAGACUCUGGUUAUGGUAUUGGUGCUGGUGCUGGUCCUUAUAGGUCUGGUGGCCCCUAUGGUGGCAGAUCCAGUGCAUUUGGUGGAUAUAGUGGUGCAGGAAUGGGUGGAUAUGGAGCAUAUGGUGGCGGUGGUGCCUACGGAGGAGGCUUCAGGGAGGAGGCUUCUUUUGGGUAUUCUAGCCGUUAUGGCAGUGGAGCCUUUGGUAGAGGCUACGAUGUUGGUGGUGGAUAUGGAGGAGCAGGUGAAGGUUAUGGAGGAUAUGCUGCUGGUGGCGGUGGAUAUGGCAGUGGAUAUGGUGCUGCUGGUCUUGGCAGUGGGUAUGGAGGAGAUAGUGCCGGAGGUUCAAUGUAUGGAAGUAGUAGAGGAAGCUAUGGUGGUGCUGGUGCUGGUGCUGGUUCAGGCAGAUACCACCCUUAUGGGAGAUAGAAAGUGAAAUGUUUAAGGUGCAAAGCUGAAUUGUCUCUGGCUUGGUGAUUUUAAGCUUAUGACCAGAGAUGUAUACUCAAUCAAGCACUUGUUGAGAGCUAAAUCUUGUUUUUUUUUUCUCUUGUCGAAUUUUAAUUGGUAAAAUAUUAGUUCAGUUAAUAUACUGUUGUCUUUGAUAUCGAUUGGUUUAUCAAGGAACAUGAUUCAUCCAUCUUCAGCUAUCUGCAAUCCUCAAGCAACAUUGUCAAACUGAUCUUCAAUUCUUAUGUGCUAGAGGUCUGUAUCUCUUUUUUCUUUUUAUUCAUUUGGGCAAAUUAGUUGGACUAAACGAGUAAAUUUUGCUUUGA